AUGACAACAUCUUUUCAACAUUCAACAACACAUGAUCGUCAAGUCCUACUCUCAGUUGAAUCGAUUUCUAUUGUAGUUACAUUUGCUGAAUAUCUAGAUGCGUUGUUCAAAGCAAGUCUUGACUCACCAUUAUACUUUUCACUACGAUCAAAUGGCAACACUAGAAUAUCUUGUCAAGAGGAUUCAUCGAUGGAAUGUAUACAAAGACGAGCCGAUCAAGUCAUACUACAUAUCUCUUAUAGUGCUUGCAAUUUAAAGUAUAAUGCUUCAAAUGAUGAUAAUGGUGAUGAUGAUGAUGAUGAUCUCAUAUACGAUAAAGAUAAAUGUUGUAGACCUUCACAAGCAUUACAUUAUUUACUUUUGAUUAAAUCACCUGAUGGUACUGAUAAUGACAUGUGUCUGCUACCUUAUCUAUCACAUGAAACAAAGAAACAUAUUCAUGAACUCUUGCUCAAUCAUAUUAAACAAUUAAAACAAGUAGAAUAUACAAAUUACGAAAUGGAAUUAAUUCAAUUAAUUAUAUCAAACCAAUAUAAUAAUGAUAAAGAUAUUUAUUUAUUUAUUAUUCAGACAUUUAAUUGGUUCAAUGUUUGGUUUAAUGAAAUGUUGGAUAAUGGUUGGGCCAUCUAUGCGCAAUACCCAAUGAUUCAAAUAAUGAUGAUUGGUAUUUUAAAAUUGAAUGAUCAUCAUUAUUAUGACGCACACAUUAGCGACAAAUAUUUGGAUGUUAUAUAUGAUACUUUGGAUACUGUAUUUCGUGUCUAUGAACAUCGUAAAAUAUUUUGGGCCGAUUUUACAUCUGAUCCUAUUUAUAUUUUCUUGUUAUUGCUCAAACAAUAUAGUUUUCAAGAUCAAAGAGGUAAAGAUUUAAAAAGGAGGAUUUCGGAGAAAAUAUUCAGUGGACUUUCGGAUGACAAAGGGUCCAUAUGGAAUAGUCAGAUUGGGUGUGACUUUUUCAAGGAUUAUAUUACAAAGGUAUUCUUGGAUGCUCACAAUGACCAUUAUUUCAUACCACAACAACCUAGUGACUAUAUGGAUGCAAAAGACUGGGAAAAGGAUAUUUACACUAGGGUUGAUGUAAAAGAACAAAUUCGAUCAUUUUCAGCAUACCAUCACCCAAAAAUAUUACUUGUUCUAUUUGAACAUUUCAACCGAUGUUUAGCACAAACAUGGAAAGAUAAAUUAAUAGUUCUCAAAUUAUUAAAUAUGUUUGAUUACAUUAAUAUGGAUUAUAAAGAAGGAGAGGAAUUAUUGAUUUUCUCAAAACGUAUGAAUAUAAUAGUUAUAUCAGAAACAUUAAAAGAGGAUAAUCUACUUGUUCAAUGUGAAUUAUUGGAAUUUAUUAACCAAUUCUAUGAUAUGCCUUACUAUUGUUGGAAUAUUGUCGAUAGUAUAAGGUUUCGAGAUAUCAUCCAAGAAGCUUUUAAUCACAUCAUCAACAAAUCUUCAGAUUCAUCAUCACCACAUCCUCGUUUAUUAUACUUUCUCAUCAAGGCUUUGAAACCUAAAUAUUGUAGUAGACCUGGACCCCAGCUUAUACGGAUCAUUCCCACCGGUCCUUUUUGGCAAGAAUACAUUGUCAACAUCACUUUAAAGUCGGUUCAAUCAAAUCAAAAGGUUGUUAUUGUUGAUGGAAUAAACUUAUUUUUAUACGAUGAUAAUCCUCAAUUUAUAAGUUUAAAAGCAUUAUCAACAACAACCUAUGCAUUAUUGGAUCGUUUUCAAAUUGACGAUGACAUUUUAUCUGGGGUGAUUCGCUUUUUUAAUCAUACUCUUGGAAAACUUGGAUUCAAAGAGAUCAAUCAAUUAAUUCAACGAAUAUUAUUUUCACAACAACAACAACAAUAUCAACCAGAUCAAAUCGAUAGAUUUGUGAGAAUAUAUCUUGUUGGAUGGAUAGUAAACUCAACAACAAAUAACUUUUCAAUUUAUUUACCAACGGUCAUGAAAAGAAUACUUGGUCAACCAAUCGAUAGAUAUAAUUAUUGGAUUGACAGUCUCUUCAACUUGUUUGAAAAAUCACAACAAUUAGCAAAUCGAUAUGUUCAACAUUUCAUAGCACCGACUAUCCAAUCACACACAACGUCAGUUGAUAUCAACCAUAAAUUAAAGACUGCAAGAUUAUUGAGCCUCCUAUUCACAAGACGAAAAGGAAUAGAUCACUUGGAACUCUUCCAACAUCUACUCGAUAUUUUUACUGCGCCAGAAUUUAAUUACUCUUUACGUAGUCUUCUCAGAACUUACUUGGUUGUCAUUACGGAAAUGAUUCAACAAAUAAUAGAUACAAGAGGAGAAGGAAAUAUUACAAGCGAUCAAAUAUUACAAAUAAUCGAUUUGAUUGUACGAGCACAACAACUCAUUUACUCGCUUGGAUAUUACUUUUCAGAGGUUGGUGAUUUGAUAAAGUUAUUAGUUUCAAUGGGCGACAAUCAAUGUAACACCAUUGCAAUGAUAUCAUCCAAUGUGAUUGAUGUGGCUGUCGAUUGGAUCAAUCAAACCGAGGAAUUAGAGAACAAGGCAUUGCCUCCAAUAGUCGAGUUGGUCGUUGAUUUCUAUGAUCAAGCCAAGCUUCCACAAAUCAUUACAAUAUCACCAACAGAGAAGAAGAUAUCAUCAUCUGAAUGGAUUGAUAGAUUGAUAUUACCUUAUGAAAAGAGGAAAAAAAACAAAUACCUCAAAGAAAUAAUUGCUAAAUUAAAACAAUUAAAAGAGAAAAUAAUAAUAAAUUAG